AACUGUCAAUUGCUUAUGACCUAUAUUCUGCUAUCUGUAUUGAUGUGACUGUGGCGAAGCAAGGUUUGACUGGUCAUUUUGCCAUGUCGCUGGCUGGGUCUAAGGUGUUGCUUGUUAGUAUGAGCUUGUUAAAAUUACAACUGUCCCUUCUCUCAUCUCCUUUGCUUGUAGUUAUAGGAGGAUUAACUUGUCCCAGAAGUGUGAGGAUAUUGCUUGAAGAAGGGCUCUUUUUUCCUUUUUUCGAGUUUGUGGUUCAAUUACUCUCCUUGGAGGGUCAAAAGAUCGCAGCAAACAAAUUUCGAUUCGCAAGGACAUGACUAACGUUGGUUGCCACCGAAUCUUCCACCGAUAUAUGGACAACUGUGUGGACGAACGGGCUUACUGGCUGCAAUCAUUGGAAAGUAGUUUAGAAAAUAGGUGCAAAAACGAAGCCAUGGCAUCAUCUUUAGGAGAUAAAUAGGUUGGCUGCAAUUCUUACUUUGAAAGGGGCAAAGUGAAGCUGACUUCAUGUUGCAGGAGGCGAUGCAUAGUGUUAUCUUUGAUUUCGGAAAGUCAGAAGAAGAACCAUCUACCCCUAUGAGGCUAGGAUUGUUGGUUAGAUUCAACCCCAAAGAUUGUUAGUUCACAGCUGAAAGUAUCCACUUCUGUUCUAUAUAAUCAUUGUCACAUUCCAAUUCUCAUUGCUACAAAUAAGCCACUAUACAUUUCCUUUGAAUUCAACUGUCAGUCCUCUUUCUUCGCCAUCACCUUCCCCUUCUUCGUUUUCAUCGUCUCGGCACGCAUGAUCGUGCUCCAAUCGUCCCCCGCCUCUGCCUCUUGGCUCCCGCGAAUCCGCUCGGGGAGGAGGAGGUCGUCGAUAUCGUGCGAGCUUGCGCUCAAGUCGGAAACCAAUCCGUCCUCGGUCUCCUUCAAGAGCGACGUCGAGCUGUUGCUGGAUCCCGCGAGGACAGGGUUGAGGGUCCGAGUGAAGGCGCCGGUGAGGGUGUACCACGUGCCGCGGGUGGCGGAGCUGGAGCUGAGUGGAAUGGAGGGUGAGGUCAAGCAGAACUUGCUGUUCUGGAGAGGCAAGAGCCUAACCGCCAAUCGUCCCUUCAAGGUGGAGUUCGUAAGGGAUGUGGAGGGCAGGGGACUCGUCAAGUUCGUUGCACACCUCGAGGAGGAUGAAUUUGAGUUUGUUUGAAUUUUUUUUUUUUUUUUGGUCGAAGUGUUUGUUUGAUUGAUUCGAACUAAAAGUGCCGAUUCUGUAAAAAGACACCAUAAUUUAACGUUGCUUCGGAGUACCAAAAAUAGACAGCAGUUGUCUUCACUCUCUCUCACA